CAACAUGAAGACUUCAUUCACUGUGCUUCUUUUUAUGAGCCUCUUUGGAAUGAGCUUAAAUUUCUAUGUAAUCCACUUUUUUGUGAGAGAGUCUAUGUCUUGGGAUAAUGCACUGAAGUACUGCAAAGAGCAUCAUCAUGAUCUGUCCACCGUCAGAAAUCAAGAUCUACAGCAACUCUCAAAUAAUGCUCAAGAUGAUUAUUAUUGGAUUGGACUUGAGAAAGUAAAUCAUGAUCAAAACCUGUGGAACUGGUCUGAAGGUGGGACGGCAGUAAUAGAUAACUGGGACAACGAUCAACCAGAUAAUGAAGAUGAAAAAUGUGGUGCAGUCCAAAGAUCCAAUUCUAAGUUCCAUGAUGCUCCUUGCUCUUGGAAAAUACAAUUUUAUUGUAUGGAGAUCUAUGAGCUGAUCCUGGUUCAGCAAGAAAACACAUGGGAAGAGGCUCUGGACUACUGCAGACAAAACUACAUUGAUCUGGCCAUUAUAACCAUUGAGAUGAUUAUGACAGAGGCGAAGAAUAAAGUCACAGCAGCCCAGACCGAAGAUGUGUGGAUCGGCCUACGCUUUUUAGCUGGUCAUUGGUUUUGGGUAAAUGGAACAGAUCUAAACUACUCGGCCUGGUCUGUGGAGGGAGAGCUCCAGUGUCCUGCUAUGAAUCAGCGCUGCGGAGUUUUGAAUAGAGAUGAGAAGCUUUGGAAAUCCACAGACUGUGAUCGGAGACUCAACUUUCUCUGUGUCAGGAGGUCACACACUAAUUAUUAAGUCAAGGUUAAAUUUACUGUUUAGGUGUUUAAAGGGAGUUUCAAUUGGGAAU